AGAAGUGUGAGAGAGAGGGAAGCAUGGCCACGUUGAUGGCUAGAGUGCCACGAAUGGUAUAUAGCGCGCAACAGCGCUUCGUCAACAAUCGGGUUUCUCUUCCGAAAAAUUUUGCAAUGGCUACUCACUGUGUUGGCAGGGAGAGGGCUUUCAAAGGGACAUUCGAUUACGCUGCAGCCAAGUACGCCGAUGGCUUAAUGCCUCACAUUCUGCAUCUGUAUGGAUCGUGCGCAACGCCUCGCGACUUUGACAUCUAUGCUGCUAAUGCUUCCUUCGAAGAUCCGCUCAUGUGUGCUCGCGGAGUGAAACAAAUCAAAUCAGCAUUCUAUUCUCUUCCCAAGUUAUUUAAGGAGUCAAAGAUUGUGGAAUACAGUAUCAAAGAAUAUAUGAUCUCACCUGGGAAUGGAGAGAUAUUAAUUGACAAUAAGCAAUACUAUAAAUUCUUGGGGAGGAAUAUAGACAUGGUAUCGCUAAUCAAGUUGUAUCUCAAAGAGGGUAAAAUCGUUCGCCAUGAGGACUGGUGGGACAAAAAACCAAUUACGAAUAGAGAAACGGCGAAGGUGCCAUUUCUCGGACGAAUAGCAGAAAUAACUCGCAGAGGGUCAAUGCUUGCAACGCAUGUGCUUAUGAGGUUCGGGAAGGACCCUAGUGUGUGAACAACAAAAGUCCUUGCAAAAUACUAUAAGUUUUAUCAUAUGGGCCUGUAUAUGCGACUUCAUGUUCGUACCUCACGUUGUUUGUAAAGCAUAUAUGUACUAUCAUGUUUAUUUGUUGUGGCCCGUAUUUGCAAUUACUGCACCCCUGAUAUAUUAUUUUGCUGAUAAAAGAAUGUUUAUUUCUUGUGGCUAUGAUGAAUAGUAGAAUAUAUUUUGAUGAAACAUAAUUUGUCGAA